AUGCCUCAUCAAUUUGGUCUACCAGCCAUGGCCCACGGAAUGCAAUCGCCACCCUCGCCGACAGCUGUUAUGUCGGCAUACCCACGUUACAGCUCAACAGUUUACCGAGGAGAUCAUCAAGAUCAGCGGUUAACACGCGAAGCCAUGGAACGGUAUCUGCGCGAUCGCAGUGAUAUGGUUAUCGUAAUUCUCCACGCUAAAGUUGCUCAAAAAUCAUACGGUAAUGAGAAGCGUUUUUUCUGUCCACCGCCCUGUAUAUAUUUAUUUGGCGAUGGCUGGAGAAUGCGCCAGGAGCAGAUGCUCAGAGAAGGCGAGAGCGAGCAAUCAGCUCAACUCUGCGCGUUUAUUGGGAUCGGUAAUUCUGAUCAAGACAUGCAGCAGUUGGAUCUCAAUAAUGGCAAACAGUAUUGCGCUGCUAAGACACUCUACAUAUCAGACUCCGACAAGAGAAAGCACUUUAUGCUGUCGGUCAAGAUGUUUUACGGCAGUGGACAUGACAUUGGCGUUUUCCACAGCAAGAGAAUAAAAGUCAUCUCAAAGCCGUCGAAAAAGAAACAGUCAUUGAAAAAUGCUGAUUUGUGUAUUGCUAGCGGUACUAAAGUCGCUCUUUUUAAUCGAUUGCGCUCGCAAACUGUAAGCACGCGUUAUUUGCACGUUGAAAAUGGAAAUUUUCACGCAAGCUCGACACAAUGGGGCGCAUUUACCAUCCAUCUGCUGGAUGACAAUGAGAGUGAGUCAGAAGAAUUCCAAGUUCGUGACGGAUACGUCCAUUAUGGGAGUACUGUUAAGCUGGUGUGCUCAGUUACAGGGAUGGCGUUACCGCGUCUAGUUAUUAGGAAGGUAGAUAAACAAAUGGCGAGCCUCGAGGCUGAUGAUCCGGUAUCUCAGCUGCACAAAUGUGCGUUCUACAUGAAAGACACCGACCAUAUGUACUUGUGUCUGUCUCAGGAGCGAAUUAUCCAGUUCCAAGCUACGCCCUGCCCUAAAGAAGCUAACAAAGAGAUGAUUAACGACGGCGCUUGUUGGACAAUCAUCAGUACUGAUAAAGCAGAGUAUCAAUUCUUCGAAGGAAUGGGUCCGGUACGCUCCCCGGUUACUCCUGUACCAUUAGUUCACAGUCUUCACCUAAACGGCGGUGGAGAUGUUGCGAUGCUUGAACUUAAAGGCGACAAUUUUACCCCAAAUUUGCAAGUUUGGUUCGGAGAUGUUGAGGCUGAAACAAUGUACAGGUGUCAGGAAAUAAUGUUGUGCGUUGUGCCUGACAUUUCUUUAUUCCGCGGUGAGUGGCUCUGGGUACGCCAGCCUACUCAAGUUCCCGUUUCUCUCGUUCGCAAUGACGGGAUUAUUUAUGCCACUGGUCUGACCUUCACGUAUACCCCAGAACCCGGGCCCAGGCCACACUGUCCACCCGCUGAUGAAAUUAUGAGAGCCCCACGAGCCAUGCCUCAUCAUAAUCAAGCAAGUAUGCCACCAGCCAUCGCUGAUGUUCCUUGGAAUUCUCAUCAUCCUCCGACUCAGCCGGGUCUUUGA